UACACCUACGUUGACCCUGAGGUUUGGCCCGGGCUAUGUGAGUUCUGCCAGAACAAUGCCAAUGUGUCUUUUUUCAAGGACUACUGGGAGGAGGUCAUACUGGAGGCAGACCUCUGAAUCACACACAUUUGAGACUGACCAGUAGAAGAAUUCUUAGGCUUUUGGUGAUUCUUCAGCAGGCUCAAGCUUCCUUUGAGUGUCAAAAGUUGUUGAUAUGGUUCUUGUCUCCAGUGGUUGUCAAGGGAUUGUUACACAUUGUAAGCUUGAUUUCUUUAAAAAUAAACAGAUAUUAAGCCAUUUAUGUGCAACCCUCUGUUUUAAUGUUAAUGUGAAGAAUGCUAUCCAGCCUUGCUUCUUUCAACUAAAGAAAAUCUCCAAAAUCAGGUUGUUCCCCUACAGAUUUACAUAAGGACACACGUGCAUUUAUUUUUCCUGCCUGGGCUACUGUGCGGCUAAUGCUGUAUCAGUCAGAGCUCUCUUCACCAACAGGUACAGAAUGUAACUGCUAUAGGCAUAAUCACACUAUUGCAGCAAAACAAGGGUGCACUUUCCAUUCGGCGUUGGUUGGUACAGUAUUUACCCCUCCAAAACUCCUGGUGGCACUGUACUAACACUACAGUGCUAACGUUGCUAGCAAUAGAUCGCUUUGAGACUCAAACAGUAUGCAGAUAAAAAACAGACUAAACUGAUUGCUGUAUCUGAAUGUUGAUAUUCCAUUCAGUGAAUCAUUUGUGUGUGUGCUCUCAUCAAGAGGUGAAUUUAUUUGCAUUUCAGAAACACAAGGAAGCUACUGAACUGUUCAUCUGUUCAGGCAGUGGUCAACAGUGAAAGGCUGCAUCAACUGAGGUUUGCAGUUAAUGCACAGAUAAGGCACAACAAAAUAAUGAGUGUAAAUGAUAGACUGCUGUAUUUAUUAACUCCCUCUGUGCCGGACAUCCUCGGAUCAGUGGAUGAGACUCUGUUGAUUAUUCCCAGGUCUCCACAUGUAACCAAAAGUAAUCAUUGACCUUUGCUGUUAAAGGCCCACACUGCUGAAUGCUAUUGAGGUCAGACAGACCACAUUCAUAGUGUCCUUGAAAUCCCUUUAAUCAUCUUUUAUAGCAAAGUGUUUAUGAUUGUGUAAUAUGUUCAUCAUCCCAUCUUAUCCCCCAGUCUUUUAUGAUCCCUGUGUUUAGUUUUUUUUAUUUGCAUUUGUUUUAUCUUCUGUUUGUAUUGUUUCUGCUCACAAAGAAAAGUUAUAUACAGUGGAUCUAUAUAAAACUUGCAUGUCACUGUUCAGAGUCUGAACUUCAGACUCGAUCAAAUUAUCUUUUAUGCACAUCUUCAAAGUUGAUCGGGUCACUUUUUCUAUGUCACCUUUAAGAAGUCUGUCGUGGCAGUGUAACAUGCGCACUGGCAGGAUUCUGAUUGGACACAAACAUUAGUAGCCAAUGGAAAACGCGCAUGGGGGUGUGGCCUUAUAUGUUGCGUUCAGCGCCAGCUGUAGUGCAUCAGAAGUGGUAAAUAAUGCAUUCACACAUUCAGUGUAAAGCUCAGGUUUGGAAGACAAUUUGUGAUGUUUCUCAGUCAUAACCACAAGCCCAACCGCAAAAGUACCUUUGGUUUAAUGUUUUCAAAAUAAUAACAACAAAAUCAUUUUUAUUAAAAAACAUCUUAAUAUCUAAUUCCUAAACUGUUACGCCCGGAGGCAGGAGGGCCCAAGAUGCGACACUCGGGCUCGAAGCACCGGAGAGAUGGGAACCGUUCAGAGAUCGGUGGCGGUGGUGUCAGUGGGCUGGUCGAGGCUGAGAGGACGUGGCAGCAGAAGAGCAGAUGGCCAAGAGAGCUGAGAAGGACGCCGAGGUGACGCAGCGUAGAGCCGGUGGAAAGACAGGGGGGACGUGGUACUCACGACGAGCUGAGAACGCGCUGAUCAAGAUGCUUGAGCAGGAAGCAGGAGCCAGGAUCUGUUCGGUGUGGAGCAUACAACGAUCUGGCAACGAGAACACGCCAGCACCCGGUUUAAGUGGAACCGGGCAGACGGAAAUCAGCUGUGCUGGGCGUGUCAAGUCGCCUGGAUCGGCUGCCGACACGUGGGGGAGGUGCUGGCCGUGCACGUGACAUAAACAAAAUAGGAUAUAAUAGUAUUAGUAAAAAUAAUAAUAGUGUAAUUAUAGAGUGUAAGAGGAAUGUACCGAGAAAGAAGACCCCCAGAACGGACACUGAGCAUAAUAAACACAUAUUUUUAAUCCUGCUGCUGUGGAUCUUGAACACAUCCCACAAUCUGUCAAUCUGACUGCAGCUUCCAGAAGUCCAGUCCUGCCUAAAAAAAAAAAAACUUUCACGGCAAGAAGGAAAAGAACCAGUUCACACUUUGUGAAGCAGAGAAGAGCCAGACAACCAACACCACACUCUGGGUGGCUCAUAUCAGUUCAGACAGUAAAGCCAGAACCUGAUCAGCUGGUGUGGUUGAAAGCCGCUCUUUUCGGGAUGUGUGCAGCGGGGGAAGCCUGUGAUGUGGAGUACAGCCUGGCAGAGGAGCAGGAUUUCCAGCAGGUCCUGAACCUCUGCAGCAGUGAUGACUACAGUGGGAUGGACUACAUGGCUGCCAAGUUCCAGCACUGGCUGCAGGAGCCUGGACGCCUCGUCUUCAUCGCUAGGAUGAACAACAGAGUGGUGGCGCUGGAGUCUGCACUGCUGGUGGACGGUGGUCAGACGGUUGUGCAUCAGGGUCUCAGGGUGGCACCUGAUUUGAGACGCCGCGGCAUCGCCGGCGCCAUCCAGAGGCACGUGACUGACUAUGUCCGCCACCAUUACCCAGAAGUCUCUGCUGUCAGGCUGGCCCGUGGGAAUCAGCCUUCACCACAGACUCUGGCUAAGUACAGAAUCAUAGCAAAAGAGGCCAUCUUAUCUCUGUGCUGUGAGGUGACUGACCUUGGCCCCUUUGUUGCUGAGCUUCAGUCCAGACUUCCCUGCCAGACUAACUCCUCCUCCCACAGCCUGGUCAUUCUGGACCAGCAGCAGGCCGAGAUGCUAAUCUUGUCAGACCAUGUGGUUUCCAAUUUGCUGCCCAACAAAACCAUCAUCAAUGACUGGGAGCCUCUGAAGCCAGUGCAGGCCAACCUGGAGGUCCUGCGCCGCAGGGGGUUGACAUGGAUUGCCGAUCAUGAACUGGAACCCUCUGCUGUCAGCCUGUGCACCACACCAUAUGCCGUCCCCUACCGCCAUGAUGCCCUGCAUCUUCAUAUUAACAUCUUUGGCCACAGUUUGGCUUCAGUCUGCGCUGUGUUUCUGGCUCAGCUUGAAGCUUUGCUGCCAAGUCUCCAAGGUUACCUGAUCUUCUACACCUACGUUGACCCUGAGGUUUGGCCCGGGCUACGCCAGUUCUGCCAGAACAAUGCCAAUGUGUCUUUUUUCAAGGACUACUGGGAGGAGGUCAUACUGGAGGCAGACCUCUGAAUCACACGCAUUUGAGACUGACCAGUAGAAGAAUUCUUAGGCUUUUGGUGAUUCUUCAGCAGGCUCAAGCUUCAUACUGGAGGCAGACCUCUGAAUUACAAAAACAGGUCUGUCUCCAAAUAUCCAAGUGAAAACCAGGGAAAGUUGAUUUCCAAAGUAGCCCACAGAUGGUUGAAGCUCCUUGGAUACAAUAAAUGAUUUUUUCUAAAUGACGUAUGAA